AUGGCGGUGAGCAUAGCAGACGAUUCCAAAGCUGCGCCCGGGGCGCCUGUGGCGAGUUCCGACGCCGCGGCCGCCGCAACCAAGGCAGCCGCAGCUCCAGCACCGAAGCAGCACGCGAGGCCUCUUAUCCUGGGGCCAGACGGGAAGCCAUGCCGAUCAUGCAACUCGUUCGCCGCAUUCACCUCCCAAAGCAAGGCGCUCCAGGCCAAAACGGGCACCGCGACAGAGCCUGUAGCGGCACGGGGCCCGCCGGCAGACUGCCCAGCCGACGUCGAGACUCUAGGCCGUAGCUCCUGGACCCUCCUCCACACGAUCGCGGCGCAGUACCCCGAGACGCCGUCGGCCGGCCAGCAGUCCGACAUCAAGCAGUUCAUGGGCUUGUUCUCACGGCUGUAUCCUUGCUGGGUCUGCGCCGAAGACUUCCAGGCCUACUUGCGGCGGGACCCGGUUCGCGCGGGCAGCCGGGGAGAGUUUGGCAAGUGGCUGUGCGAUGCACACAACGAUGUCAACAAGAAACUGGGCAAGCCCAUCUUUGACUGCGGGCUGUGGGAGCAGCGAUGGCGCACGGGCUGGAAGGACGGGAGGUGCGAUUAG